GAAAAACUUGCAUUGUUAAAUUUGUUAGUCUUUUAGAGCAAUCUCAGUACGUGUUUGCCAAAUCUGUCCAUUGCUGAAGACCAGCAUGGUCUAUCUAGCUAGUGUGAAACUUGGCAAUCCUCAGCAAAACAGCAGGUUGUCUGCUUGUUUAAAUACUUGCACCAGUUUCAUACUUGCUGUAUGAAAUUGGUGCUUCUUCCUUCUGGGGACAUCAGCCUAGUAAGUAAUCAUAAUAUUUGUCUUCAAGGAAAACAAGUAGACAAUUAGGUUUUAUCUGUGACACUUGUAAGUGUAUUGCUGUAGAUGCAUGCGUGCUUAAGUUUAAAACAUUUGUUUAGAAGGGUGUGACUUUUUUUUAAUGCAUCAAGAUAAAAUAAGUACAGUCUGCAUUUUCUGUGACACAAUCAGCAAAAAUGCUUCCUUUUUCUUUUAGUUCAGCUUUCUAUAGCCUAUGCUUGUGCCUGACACACCAACAAGAAGACUUACCUUCAAAUACAAUGUCAUUAAGUCUUGAAGUGUCAUUUUUAGCCCAGUGGAUAGUGCCAGGCAAAGAUGCUCUUAUUAUUUUCACUGGUCAAAUAAAUUUUGUGUUCUCUGGAAGUCUUUAGUCUGAAAAUAACAUUUGAUAGAUCAACGUAAAUGGGUAAAAAAGAAAAAAAUGUAUACUGCAUGUGUAAUAAACCAUAAACUUGGUGUCAGCCAUGAACUGGAGUAUCCAGGAAUCCUGGAUGCAGAAGUCAAUAUUAGUGUAAGCAUUUGUGCUAUAGAUGAGGCUCAGUAAAGAAUGGUUACUAUUGCCAGCCCUGCUGAAACAUAAGGCAUUGCAGAAGCCUUUAUCUGCCUUCACAGGAAUAAAAGUAGGGCUGGCAGAUGUGACUGUAGGAAACGAUGAGGCUGUUGGUUCAGGAGUUGCAGUCGGUCUAGCCUUUGUGUUCGUUAGCACACAGUGAUGUUAUCAUGAAAACUACACUUUUGCAUCAGGGUUUGGCACAGAAACCUGAUUUGAUUUAGAGGCUACUAAUCCAUAUCUUCAUGACACCUUCAGAGAUCAUCAGAGCUGGUCAGAAAGAGCUGAUAUUUAGCUAGGUGUUUCCUUUGUGAUUUCCUCUCUUGUCUUUCUGGAGCAGCUACCUGCACUAGCUGUUUUCAGUAAGAGCUCAGGUUUCUUUCCCUGACCAGACUGUUGAUUUCCUAGGCUAAAUUCUUUCCCAGUAAUACUGUGAGUUCUUAUUUUUUGCUUGUGCUAGCUGUGUCAGUAUUCUAACUACAGUGAACUGUUUUUCAGUCGUCACUUAAAAGAGAAAGCAAAACCCAAACCUGACUAGUUUCAAAACCAGAAACAAACCUUUCUUAUGCUUUCUUCCAGAAGAGUUUCUUCUCUGAAUGAGAGAAAGAAGGAACUGUCUUCUCAGUGGGUUUUGUGGCUGAAGGUUUUGGAACUGAUGUUGGAAGAUGUUAGCUGUGGAUACGGGGCUUGUGGAGGAGUGGUUAUCGGAGUUCAAGACGCUGCCAGAGGCAUCCAUAUCCAGCUAUGCUACAAACCUGAAAGACAAGAGUGCUCUGAUUUCAUCUCUUUACAGAGUAAUUCAGGAGCCACAAAGUGAACUUCUGGAGCCAGUCUGCCAUCAGCUCUUUGAGUUCUAUCGCAGUGGUGAGGAGCAAUUACUACGAUUCACACUGCAGUUUCUGCCUGAACUGAUGUGGUGCUACCUUGCUGUCUCAGCCAGCAGAGAUUUGCAGAGCAGUGGAUGUAUAGAAGCCCUUCUUCUAGGAGUGUAUAACUUGGAGAUAGUUGACAAAGAGGGACACAGCAAAGUGCUGAGUUUCACUAUUCCAUCUUUGUCCAAACCUUCAGUAUAUCAUGAACCUUCCAGUAUUGGCUCCAUGGCUCUUACUGAAGGAGCUUUAUCCCAGCAUGGUUUGUCCAGGGUGGUGUACAGUGGACCUCAUCCUCAGAGGGAGAUGCUGACAGCGCAGAACAGGUUUGAAGUGUUGACUUUCCUUCUGCUCUGCUACAAUGCUGCCUUAAGCUACAUGCCUGCAAUUUCUCUUCAGUCAUUGUGUCAAAUUUGCUCAAGAAUCUGUGUCUGCGGAUAUCCUCGCCAACAAGUGAGGAAGUAUAAGGGAGUAAACAGCAGGAUUCCAGUUUCAUCUGAAUUCAUGGUGCAAAUGCUAACAGGGAUUUAUUAUGCCUUUUAUAAUGGAGAAUGGGAUCUGGCUCGUAAAGCUAUGGAUGACAUUUUGUAUAGAGCACAGCUGGAACUGUAUCCAGAACCUCUGCUGGUUGCUAAUGCAAUAAAAGCUUCACUGCCUCAGGGUGCCAUGAAGUCUAGUAAAGAAGGUACAAAAUGCAUUCAGGUUGAAAUUACACCUACUUCAUCCAGGAUAUCAAGAAAUGCUGUGACUAGCAUGUCCAUCCGAGGGCACAGAUGGAAAAGACACGGAAAUACAGACUUAGGAAUUGAAGAAGAACUGAUAGAAGUAUCUGAAACUGAUGAAGGGUUUUACUCUAGGGCUGCUUCUAGCACAAGUCAGCCUGCUUUAUCUAAUAGCAGCAACACGAGCAGUAAGAACCUUUUAGGGAAGAGCCAACGAAGAUCUGGAGGAAGCAAAGCUGCAGGAAGAGAAAAAGAAGGAGAAACCUGUAGAGAACACUUGUCACGAAAGCAAACUCAGAGAGCCCUGAGUGAGAACCUAGAGCUUGUCUCUUUGAAGAGACUGACGCUGACAACAAGCCAGUCCCUGCCUAAACCUGGUAGCCAUAGUUUGGCCAGAACUACCACGACUGUGUUUAGUAAAUCCUUUGAACAGGUCAGUGGUGUCACAGUUGUGAAUAAUCGUGGAGGUGUAUCUGGUACAGAGGCAAACAGGUUCUCAGCUUGCAGUCUCCAGGAGGAGAAACUUAUCUAUGGAACAGAAAGAACAGACCUCCCAGCAUUAAGCAAACAACCUAAUCAACAGCGACCUCCUAGUAUUAGCAUAACUUUGUCAACAGAUUGAUAUCAUUACAUUGGCAAAAUGAAAUAUGGGGUUUUAUGCAGAUAUUGGUACUGUACCUUAAGCUCCUAGUUUGUCCUGUGUUACUUUCUUAAAUCUCAAACCUGUAAAUUCUUAUUCUGCUCACGUUUGACAGUAGUGGUAAAUAGAGUUCUAAUUAUUCUGCGUCAGCUUCUAAUAGGUUGGAAAGUUCCUCUCUGACAUCCUGCAUUUAUCAACCAAUUGUUUAUGACUCCAUGCAGUUUGCAUCUUUACCAAAUUAACAAAUAUUGUUUGUUUAGCUACUGACCAAGAUGUCUGGCUUUUUACAGAUGCACUAUAUGGGGACAGAGAGAUCCUCUAUCCCAGAUUCUACUAUUCACUACUACUUAGCAUACAUAAAACUGCAAGUAUCUCUUUUAAGAGGAGCCUUGCAGCAUGAGUAUAACAUUUUGGAAAGGCACUGUAAGAAUACAAGUGCUCUUCUGUGAGUUAUGAGGAAGGUAUACUUACAUGUGAGGUUAAAACUAGAAGCAUCAGUUAGUGUUUGAUGUUAUGGUGGUUUUUGUCAGUAUACACUGCAGUGUUCAUAUUUCUGUACGCCUACAAGUAUCUGAGGUAAAGAUGCAUUUUGUUUUAUAUAUGAAUCUUUGAAACUGGGCCAAAUGUCACGUGGUAGCAGUACUUGUGGAUGGCAGUUCUUAUCACCGACUCUAAUAGUCACUUUUCAGACAAGUGUGACUGACUCUGUAUUCAGUUUCUUAAAUGUUGGGCACAAAACUUCUCAUGGAAAAGUUGCUGUCACUGGUAUUUGCAUUAUUUAUGAGAGGAAGAGAUGUGCUUACGUAGAGGUAUCGUGUGGAAAAUAAGGUAUGAACCCUUUGCACUGAAUCAAACAAUUCAGGAGUGUAACUGCAUUUACCGUGAACUUGUUACUUGAGACUAAUAGUACCAAAGGAUGUGUACUUUCGGAAACUUGCAAGCACAAAGGGAAAUUACAAUGUAAAUAUAACUAGCAAUGUAAUUGCUAGUGUUUUGUAUCUAUUAUUUUUCUAGUUAGAAAUUGUCAAAGUGUAACAUGUUCUAAGUUACCUGACCUGUAUGGUGACCUUGUUUGAUACCAAUUUUUAUAAGCUUCAGGCUUUAAUUAAAAACAAACAUUAAAAUGGUUUACGUGGAAAUUUGGAGAAGCAAAAAAUCAGUGGCAGUGAUGAUCUGAUAGACAGCAAAUCCUGGUGCGUGGUGUGGAAUCGGGGUGAGGAUCUAAUGGCUGCUAAUUCCCAGCAGUCCUGAUUUCUGCAGCUAGUGAUCCUUUGUGUCAAGGACGUAGAAAGACCUCGGAACAGACCCAAGCACUAACGUGAACGUUCUGGUAGACUUUCUGAUCUGCCUAGAGAUGAAUGUUGGUGUCCUUUUUUUAACUUAAACUGAAGCACAAGUAACAUUUAAGCAGCUAAUGUUAUUCAGGUUUGUAGUUGAUUAAUUAAGAGAUGAGAAGACGUAACUGAUAGGCGGUUAGUCGUAUGAUUCUACUUCUAAGACAGCAAACUAGUCGUGCACAUUUCAUGAUAUUCCUUCAACUUGUUGAAGUAGCUGCAGCAGUCCAAGGUGUUUGUCUUCAGCUGAGUCUGAGUGUAAAUGAAUGUACCAUGCUUUCUCAUGUUCUUCAGUUCAUUGAAUGACACUGUUUUGUUUUUGCAUUGUAGUAUUUCACCUUCUCACAGUGAAAUGUCUUUUGAAUUGUACAUGAAAAUUUACAUUCCUAUUGUACAAACUAUCGACUUGUUUAGUGUUUAAUACUUUGGCCAGUAAAAUAAACUGGUAGUUUUUGAAA